CAAAACCAACCCAUUUCCAGGAAAAAUAAGACAAAUGUCUCAACUAUGCUUACCAUUCCUCUUCCUCCUCUUCAUCUCCAUACCCUUCGAAGCCACUUCACAAUACAUCAAAACCGAACGCACCGUUCUUCUCCAACUCAAACACCAGCUCGGCGAUCCGCCGUCGCUCGUGCACUGGAACUCCUCGUCCUCGCCUUGCGAUUGGCCGGAGAUCAACUGCACCUCUGACUCAGUCACCGAAGUUCAUCUCGGUGACAAAAACAUCACGGUAAGUGUACCUCCAAUUAUAUGCGACCUUAAAAACCUCACUUACCUUGACCUUUACAACAAUUUCAUCCCGGGAGAGUUUCCCAUGCUUUACGAUUGUUCAUGGCUUGAGGUCCUAGUACUUGCUCAGAACUAUUUCGUCGGCCCGAUCCCCGGUGAUAUCGACCGGUUGUCGACUCUGGUUUAUUUGGAUAUAAGUGGCAACAACUUUUCCGGUGAUAUUCCGUCGAGUAUCGGAAGAUUACCGGUGUUGAACACGUUGAACAUUGUCCAAAACCAAUUUAAAGGGACAUUUCCUAAGGAAAUUGGUAACCUGUUGAAUCUCGAGGUUCUGAUGAUGGCUUAUAACGAGUUUGUUCCGAUGAGAAUACCUCCGGAGUUCGGUCGGAUGAGCAAGUUGCGGUACUUAUGGAUGAAGCAAACCAAUUUGAUCGGCGAAAUCCCGGAAAGUUUCGACAAUCUUUCCGGUCUAGAGCACUUGGACAUGGCUGUAAACAAUCUGGAAGGCCACAUUCCUAGCAGCCUGUUUUCCUUGGAGAAUUUAACAAAAGUUUAUCUCUUCCACAAUAAGCUGUCCGGUGAGAUACCGAAAACCGUCGAAGCUUCGAGUUUGAUUGAAAUCGAUCUUUCGGCGAACAAUUUGACAGGCUCCAUUCCAGAAGACUUCGGGAAGUUGCAAAAUUUGGAGUUUCUAAACCUGGCUUACAAUCAGUUGACGGAAGAGCUACCAACAAGCCUUGCUCAACUUCCUGCUCUGCGCGAUCUUCGUGUUUUUCGGAACAAGUUGAGCGGAGUCUUGGCACCGGAAUUCGGUUUUCAUUCGAAUCUCGAAGGAUUUGAGGUGUCGGAGAAUCAAUUCAGUGGCCAACUGCCUGAACAUUUAUGUGCUGGAGGUGUGCUACAAGGUGUGGUUGCAUAUACGAACAAUCUAACCGGGCGAAUACCGGAGUCACUCGGAAAUUGCCCCACGUUACGCACAAUUCAACUUCACAACAACAACUUCUCCGGUGAGAUUCCUCGACGUUUAUGGACGACUUACAAUUUGUCGACCUUGUUAUUAACGAACAAUUCCUUGUCGGGCAAGUUACCUAGUAGAGUUACAUGGAAUAUGUCAAGGGUGGAAAUUAGCAACAACAAGUUCUCUGGUGAAAUCCCACCCGGAAUUGCAUCUUGGUCUAAUUUGGUUGUCUUCCAGGCGAGCAACAAUUUAUUUUCAGGCAAAAUUCCGAAGGAGGUAACGAACCUUUCUCACCUCACUACUUUGCUUCUCGACGGUAAUGAUCUUUCCGGUGAACUGCCAUCUGAAAUAAUCUCAUGGAGAUCAUUAACUACGUUAGAUGUCUCCAACAACAAGCUCUCCGGUGAAAUCCCUUCCGCGAUGGCGUCUUUACCUGACUUGCUUUACUUAGAUUUAUCCAAAAACCAAUUCUCUGGUGAAAUUCCUGCUGAAAUUGGCAACCAGAGGCUGAAUUCACUGAACUUGUCAUCCAAUCAACUUGUAGGCAAGAUUCCCAAGCAGUUCAACAACCUUGCAUAUGAAGUCAGUUUUUUGAAAAAUUCGGGUUUAUGUGCAGAUCAUCCGAUUGUAAAGCUUCCGGACUGCAAUUCCAAACUCCAUCAUCAGCCGAAUAAAUUGUCAUCUAAAUUUAUUGCCAUGAUUGUGGCACUUUCCCUCCUUGCUUCCUCAGUUAUCCUUCUGUUGAGCUUCUUCUUAGUUCGAGACUACAGGAGGAAAAAGUAUGGACAGUACCUGUCAACAUGGAAGUUGACCUCCUUCCAGAGAUUGGGUUUCACAAAGGGGAACAUAUUGUCCAAUCUGACAGAUAACAAUCUCAUCGGAAGCGGUGGCUCGGGGAAGGUUUAUCGAAUCGCCAUAAACCGUUCAGGCGAAUCCGUUGCUGUGAAGAAAAUUUGGAAUAGCAAGGAAGUGGAUCACAAGCUCGAGAAAGAGUUCUUAGCCGAAGUUGAAAUAUUGAGCAACAUCCGGCAUUCCAACAUAGUGAAGUUGAUAUGUUGCAUUUCCAGCGAAGAUUCGAAGCUUCUGGUAUACGAGUACAUGGAGAAUCGGAGUCUUGAUAGAUGGCUUCAUGGGAAUAAGAGAAGCCUGAUCUCGGGGAUGAAUUCAGUUCACUAUGCUGUCUUGGACUGGCCUAGAAGGUUACAGAUUGCUGUUGGAGCUGCUCAAGGGCUAUGCUACAUGCACCAUGAGUGCCUUGCACCAAUCAUCCAUCGUGAUGUGAAGUCUAGCAAUAUCUUGUUGGACUCCGAAUUCAAUGCAAAAAUUGCAGAUUUUGGACUUGCUAAGAUGCUAACUAGGCAUGCAAGUGCUCACUCGAUGUCGACAGUCGCAGGAUCUUUCGGAUACCUCGCCCCAGAGUAUGCAUAUACAACAAAAGUCAAUGCAAAGGUCGAUGUUUACAGCUUUGGAGUGGUACUUCUCGAAUUGGUGACCGGAAAAGAAGCAAAUAGCGUGGAUGAAAAUAUGAACCUCGCAGAAUGGGCGUGGCAGCACUUCUCAGAAGAUAAACACAUGGUGGAAAUACUAGACCCAGAGGUCAAGGAAACAUCCUACUUGGAGGAAAUGAUACUGGUAUACAAGGUCGGAAUCCUGUGCACCGAUGCAUCACCUUCUAACAGGCCUUCGAUGAAGGAAGUUUCGCAUAUCCUUCGUAGCUGUUGUCUUCCUAACGGUCAUGCAGCCAAAAAGAUGGGAAGUGACUUCGAUGUGUCUCCACUUCUUGGCAGAGACACCCCUUAUCUUUCCGGUUACAAGCACGGUAAAAAGGGAUCCAAGGAAGAUGACAACAUGAUUAACAUAGACUGAAUUUUACCAAUAGCUGCGGUGAAUCUAAGUCGACAGGAUACCACGGGGAGUAAAAGUGUGCAAAAAUAAAUGAGCAAAUCUCACUUUUUGAAGAUUAACAAAGGGUCAAUGUCUGCUAAAUCUAAUAACCUAAGUAAUAAGAAACAAUCCUUUUAGUUCAGUUGCUCAUAACAUCGUGUGUGAGAGAGAUGAGUUAACCAACUAGAAAGAAAGCUUAAACUGUAUUAUUAGGUUAUCUAUGUACAAAGGAUUAAACAAAGUUGCCAAAAAAGUUUCUAAAUGAUACACCACCGCCUCUAUGAUUUACAA